AGCAAUCAACAACAAUCUCGUUUUGGCAAGCUAAGAAGAAUGAAGUUCGCAAUCACUUUGCUUCUGCUUUCGAUCUGCGCUCUGGCCGUUGUCUCCGGCCAUGACAAGCCUCCAUAUCUACCACGUCCAACGUUCCGUCCGUACUCUCGAGCUGUGAGAGAAGCUGAUCCUGGACACGAUAAGCCACCAUAUCUUCCUCGUCCCACUUUCCGGCCUGUAUCCCGAGUAGUUCGUGAAGCGGAUCCUGGACACGAUAAGCCACCAUAUCUUCCUCGUCCUACAUUUAGACCCAUUGGCAGAGUAGUUCGCGAAGCUGAUCCUGGACAUGACAAGCCACCAUAUCUUCCUCGCCCCACCUUCAGGCCAGUUCGAGUAGUUCGUGAAGCUGAUCCUGGACACGAUAAGCCACCAUAUUUUCCUCGUCCUACCUUUAGGCCAGUUCGAGUAGUUCGUGAAGCUGAUCCUGGACACGAUAAGCCACCAUAUCUUCCUCGCCCCACUUUCAGGCCUGUUUUGUAAGGUGCUACCAGAACCUAUCUUAACAUUGAUAUACUACAUAAGUAUUUAAUGUUGGAUCUGGGCAAUUAUAAAUAUUACGAAUAUUUAAAUUUAAAAGGAAAUAAAGAACAUCAAUAUUUAAAAUCAAAAGUAAAGCUGCUAAAUCAAAAAUACGAAGGGAGUAAUGACCACAUCAAGGUUUACUGCGAAUAAAUAUCAGCUGCACUAAUUUCAAA